AUAGACUCUUCUUCUCUCUCUUCUUUUGUUUUGUUUCUUCAUUUUUAAACAACUUCUCUUCAUUGUCUCUCUUCUUCUCCAUCUUUGAGAGGUGGAGGAUCACGGAGAACCUCAAUCCCUUAUUCACUAUUUCAAUGUUUAAUCUUUAUCAGGAAUCUAAUUGGCCCAUUUUAUUGAUUCUUCAUCGAGAAAAAAAUAAUCACGAAGACCUUGAUUCCACAACCAAUGUGAUACCUAACCUAAUCUUGGAAAGAAACCAGUGUUGUUGCAUUUGAAGAAGAAAUCAACAAGUUGGGACCAAUCUCAUUGGACCCAUUUCAAUGAUUCUUCUCAAGAACAAGAAAAUUCCCUGUUUCAAAGUCUAGCUAAUUCCCUAACCAUGGGUUUUGUUUUUUUGUGUGCCUAAUUGAUGAAAUACAUCCGCUAUCGAAUUUGGAAAAGGAAUUCAGAGAUUUGGGGCAAACCCAAAUACGAUUUGCCUUGAUUUUGCUCAAGAGUCACAUUGUUGUUGAAUGGAUUCGCGACUAUUGACAUUACCCUUUGUGAGUUUGGGGAUUUUAUUGAGCUUUUUCUCUCCGUUGGUGGAGUCACAGAUGAAUAUGAAUUCAUCACAAGCUCAGACAUCGCCGCCGCCGCCGCCGCCACCAUUGUCUCCUCCUCCUCCUCCACCGUCCUCCACACCUCCUCCACCUCCACCCUCUGAAUCAUCUCCUCCCCCCUCAUCUGGAUCAUCACCUUCUCCACCAUCUGGAUCAUCUUCUCCUCUUCCACCUUCUGGAUCAUCACCUCCUCCACUAUUAGGACUGUCACCUCCUCCACCAUCUCCAACGUCGCCGCCACCACCACCACCACCAUCUCCAAUUUUAUCGCCACCACCACCACCACCACCACCAUCCUCGCUCCAUCUCCCACCACCGCCCAAGAGUCCUCCUCGUUCAACGGCAAGAUCACCUCCUCCGCCAAACAAUGUAAGCAGCCAUGAGAAAACAAGCCUGCCAUCUAAGCAAAAGCUCAAUUUGGGGAAGAAAGUAGGAUUGAUGUUUGUGGGCAUUGUGGUGAUCUUGCAGGUUGGUGUUGUGACAUUCCUAGUAAUCAAGAGACAACAACUAUUGAACAACAAUCAUAGAUACUAAAACAACAUUGAAUUUGAAUGAUAAUGAUCUUUCUCAUUGGCAUUGAAUCAACUGAUUUAUGGGAGCGUAUUACAAUGAGGUGAUGUAAAGUUGUUUUGAAUUGACAUUCUUUAUUUAUUAGCACAUGAAUUAUGGAUUCAAUGGGCACGAAAUAUAACACAAUAGAUUAUUAUGGAUUCAUCAGAGUAUUUGUCUCCAUUGAGCUUCUUGCUGUUGUAAAUGGGUGUAAUUCUUGAUUGAGAUUUUUUUCCCCAGCAAUUUGUUUGUUUGUUUUUCUAUUAAUUUUUUAUUUUUUUAUUUUGCAAAUUAUGUUUCAUCUGCACGACUAAGGCAUAGAAGUUAAAGCAGAAGAAAGCCUUGUUCAUAUUUUGUUGUGGUGUUGUUUUACUCUUUGUUGUUUCUUUUGGCUAACCUGUAUUUCUCUAUCAAAGUAAUUGGAAUUAAUGGAAAGAUCUUUGAUUA